UACAGCCUGCUUACUUUUUUUGGGGGGGGACACUGGUGAUGUUAUUUUAGGAGAAAGCCAAGUGAUAUCUUAAGGCAAAAGGACUCCUUUCAUUGUUUCAUUCGAAAAAAAGUUUUGUAGGUUAUUUUUUUUAAACUGAAUUUUUAGACGGGCCUUUUAAGUAAGACAUGCUGACGUUAAGAAUAGUGUUUUUCUUCAGUUUGGUGCUCACGGUAUCAGGUCAAGAUUUUGAUCUCAGUGAUGCAUUUGAUGAACCUAAACCAACAGCUAAACCAACACCUAAAUCUCCUCCUAAAAUUCCAAAUACACCUCCAAAAAAUCCAUCGAAUGAGUUUGACCUGGGAGAUGCUUUUGGAGAAGGAGUUGACCCCAAGCCAACUGUUAAACCUCCAAUAAAGAAUCCUGGAAGUUCAGGUGGAAACUUUGGGGAUUCAGACUUGCAUGAUGUUGCAGGAGAUGAUGGAUAUCAACCAGAUAAAGGAAAAGGAGGUCCGCAUGUUGGUCCUGCAUCGGAUGGUGAGCAGUAUGAGGAAGGAGGAGCUCAAGAAGGUGGCAAGGUGGCUGGGAUAGUGGGUGCAGUGGCAAUGGCUUUAGUGGGAGCAGCCUCUAGCUACUUCGCUUACCAGAAGAAGAAGCUCUGCUUCAAACAAAGUGGUGAUGUUGAAAGUGGUAAUAAAGGCCAAAGAGGAACUAAUUCAGCUCUCCAGGUCUUCAGCAGCCUGCUUCAGCACAAUACAGCUUAAUUCCCAGGAGUAACUUGGAGAAGAAUGACAACUUUUCUGCUUGCACACCAACCUAAAAGAUGGGAAAAAAAAGAAAAACAACCAUGUAGAUCAUCUGGAACAAUGUUUCUAUUUUUCAGCAUUUAAAAUUUUAUAAUAGAUUGCCUACCUUGUUGGUCUUAGUUGGAUGCUCUGACUUAGUAUGUUUUGUUUUGUAAUCGUACUGAAAUGUCGGUUCUGUACUGAUGUUACUGUAUGUCCUACGUCUCAUGCUAACUGAAUGAUCAUACAUUUAACUUGUGCCACUACUAUUCCAAACAAAAUAAUGUUAAUGAAAGCUUGUUCUAGAUUCACAAAUAAUUAAUUUACCUGCAAUGUUUGUGUGUCUUGAAAUGUAGUAUUUAGGAUAUGUUAUUGCUGUUCCUUUCAUUGUCUAAAUCACUAUUGUUCUGGAUAGGAAUAUGGAGUUCUGAAGAUGGGACUCGGCUCUAAGAUAAAGAAUACAGAGCACAUUUACAUCUCUUAACUUUUUAAUUCAUUUUUUCUUUUUUAAAUUCGGUCAGUGGUUACGAUUUACAGCCAUUACAGUGUUUGCUUGCAGAACAGCCCUUCAGCUGUCUGUGGCAUCUUCCUUAUUUGCCCCAAGUAUCCAGAGCUGCCUACUUUACACUUCUUCUAAUCCUGCCAUCAUGCUGUACCCUUUUACUACAUUUAUCAUUCUGUUGAACCCUUUCUAGUCUUCCUUUUGGUCAGCACAAGACAUUGUUUCACACUGAUUUAUACAUUUGCACAUUUAGUAAGAAAUGUGUUGAUAUCAAGCAGUUUACUCCUCACAAAAAAGUGUAGAAUAGUAUUUAAUACUAAUGUGCUUUAAGCCAUCUGAUAUUGGCACUGCAGCUGCAAUUUCUGCCAAGGAACUGAUAAAUCUAAAGCUGACUUCCAAUGCCCCAUCCAAGUUUUAUUAGUAAGAUUUUCUAAAGACUUUGAUUUGAAGUUUUUGCACAUAUUGAGGAUGGUGCGAAUAGAUGUCAUCUCACUGAGCAGUGACUGUUCAGACUGACAGUAACUUAUGCUGACAUUGCUUCACUUUAUGCAGUACAUUUCAGGAACAUAAUAAUAAUAAUAAUACAUUUUAUUUGUGUAGCACCUUUGCCAUGCUCAAGGUGCAUACAUUUCUGACAUUUAGAAUGUUUUUUCAAUAAAGUAAAACUCCAAAAUAAUUACAGUAAUGACAACAUUGGAUGUCCUUUGAUGAUAUUUGUAAUGUCAACCCAAAACUUAAAAUAUAUUUUGAUAGCAGAAGGAAACUUUAGUAGUGUAUAUCAUUUCUUGUUGCUUUACUCUGACUGACCUGCAUUACCAUAAGAAAGCAGCAUUUUGUUUUUGGAUAGAGGAAAAUAAUACCACAGUAAAAUUGUUUGUUCGUUCUGUGAUAACGAAAACAUUUUUUUAUUGUUUUUUAAACUUAGCCCUCAUACAGAGUAUUUAAGAAAUAUACUAAAAUAUUGAAUGUUCUGUAGUGAGUGUAACUCUCUUUUCCUUCAUUUUAAAUUGGGCUGAAGUAUGUAGAAUUUGCCUGUAUAUUUUUAAUUGCACACUAUACUGCAGUUGGUUGUACCUGUUAUGUUUAUUUGAAUUAAUUAUUCAGAGCAUUUUCUUUUCCAUUUGUAAAACCCUGAAGUUGUUCUGGAGAAUCUUCAGGUCCAGUACUACAAGUUUUUUCUACUUUACAGUCUUCAGGAAUUCUGUACGUCUCUUUCAGUUUUAAGUUUCUCCUCAAUCUUUUUUUUUUUUUUUUUUUUUUUUUUUUUUUUUGCUCUUCUUUAUGGGGGAACAGAAACUGAAUUUAAUUGCAUCUCCAUUUGUUAGUUUUGUCGUUUUUUUAAUAGUUAUGAAAUACUUUGGAUGCAGUGCAUUUCUAAGCGUAAAUAGUAUUAUGUAUUUGAUCAUUGUAAUACGAAGAAAUGUCGCUAUUUCUAAGGAAAAUCAAGGCAGUUUCUAUUCAGUAAUUUUGAUCUGUGUUUUAUUACUUUACACCUUUUGUAUUUUUGCGAUGAUUUGAGGCCAUUUCAUCAACUGUAAAUAUUGAUGACUUUUGGUUUAUCUGCAAGAUCUGUUACAUUUUUUUUUUUUCCCUUCCUUAAACCCUUUUCUGAGCAUGAUUUUAUUACUAAGAUGUUUUGCACAUGAAUCCCCUACUUGGAGCUAAUCUCUUGUAAAUUAAAAAAAUAAAUAAACCAACUUUA